AUGAUCCUCUCUGUCCUGGUAGCGUUAUGCCUGUGGCUGCGCCUGGCGCUGGGAGUGCGCGGAGCGCCCUGCGAGGCUGUGCGCAUCCCCAUGUGCAGGCACAUGCCCUGGAACAUCACCCGGAUGCCCAACCACCUGCACCACAGCACUCAGGAGAACGCCAUCCUUGCUAUCGAGCAGUAUGAGGAACUAGUGGACGUGAACUGCAGCUCCGUGCUGCGCUUCUUCCUUUGUGCCAUGUACGCACCCAUCUGUACCCUGGAGUUUCUGCACGAUCCCAUCAAGCCCUGCAAGUCUGUGUGCCAGCGCGCACGUGACGACUGCGAGCCCCUCAUGAAGAUGUAUAACCACAGCUGGCCAGACAGCCUGGCCUGUGAUGAGCUGCCGGUCUAUGACCGUGGAGUGUGCAUCUCUCCAGAGGCGAUAGUCACUGACCUUCCGGAAGAUGUAAAGUGGAUAGACAUCACACCAGAUAUGAUGGUGCAAGAAAGGUCCUUUGAUGCGGACUGUAAACGUCUGAGCCCUGAUCGGUGCAAGUGCAAGAAGGUGAAGCCAACCUUGGCAACAUACCUGAGCAAAAACUACAGCUAUGUUAUUCAUGCCAAAAUAAAAGCCGUCCAGAGGAGUGGUUGCAAUGAGGUCACAACUGUGGUAGAUGUAAAAGAGAUCUUCAAGUCGUCGUCACCUAUCCCUCGAACGCAAGUCCCUCUCAUCACCAAUUCCUCCUGCCAGUGUCCACACAUCCUGCCCCAUCAGGAUGUCCUGAUCAUGUGUUAUGAGUGGCGUUCCAGAAUGAUGCUUCUUGAAAAUUGUUUAGUUGAGAAAUGGAGAGAUCAACUCAGUAGAAGGUCCAUACAGUGGGAAGAGAGACUUCGAGAACAGCAGAGAACAAUUCAGGACAAGAAGCAAACAGCCAGCCGCCCCAGUCACAGUAACCCCCCAAAGCCAAAGGGAAGGCCACCUGCUCCCAAGCCUGCCAGUCCAAAGAAGAACAUCAAAGCAAGAAGUGCCCCCAAAAAGUCAAACCUGAGGAAAAGUGCAAGCUAAUUACUUUCCACAAUGGAGCCACCCUUGCAGGAGAAGGUGGUGCUGCCUGGACCAGCCUACAGAAGGCCACCCACCACUUGCCUUAAGGACCCUCCGGGGUUCUCUUUAUAGACACAUCUUGCAGCAUUUCUCUUAAUGAUAGCUUCAGUGUUUCGCAUUAAACCACAGAGCCCUGUUAUUUGUUGGUUUUCUGGUAUAGAAAGUAGAAGAGGGAAAGCUGGGGG